CCUAGGUGCAGUACACAAGGUGACACAAGGGCAGUACACUGAAUUCGUUGGUGCAGUGUAAUUCCGAAGGUUGAAAAAUGCCUUGUUGUAUAGCGAGCGGGUGUUUCAACCGCACCCAUCCACCGAGUGAAUGGGGAUACUUUUCCUCUCCCGAUCUACUGAGUUUACCCCCUUGUCCAAGGUGGGACCUUGUGCCCGUCCCUAUAUUAUACGUCCAUGGUUUAUACCGUGCGCACCAAACAAUUUGGUCCGCCAUUUGGUGCUUGGUAGCGUAUCAAGUAUGCGGUGUAUACAUGGCUAAUAAAAGCGGUAGCUGACAUUACUAGAUAGCGCUCAGCGAACGCUCAAUCUUCCGUAUAAGCUCUAUGGAUAGUCAGUGGUAAUCUGGCCACCGUUGAUUUCAAUCAGUGAUUUAAUCAAGUCUAUUGAUCAUAGUUCUUCUAUAAUGAAGCCUACCGUUGUGGCAGACGAAAUGUUUCCGGAAGGUGCUGGACCCUACAUGGACCUUGAAGAGGCUGGUGGUUCUAGCGGAUUGCUGAUGGAUCUUGCUGCUAAUGAAAAAGCAGUACAUUCCGACUUCUUUAAUGAAUUUGACGAUCUCUACGACGAUGAGGACCUUAAUUAAUAGGAGUUAUAACAGAUCAUCCCCAUACACAUAUUCUUUGACUUGUACACAAUCAAUAUGGACCAUAAGUUCACAAAUGGGGAUGUAACUGAUGAAUAAACCAUUGUUUUCGUAUGAA